AUGGAAAAUAAUAUAAAUAAUGAAAUAUCAACAAAACAUCCCGAAGCAUAUGAUAUAAGUAGACCAUUAAGUAAACAUAUCGAUACUGCGAAAUUACUUUCAAGAGAUAUUAGAGAAGGGGAUUUAGCUAUAGAAUGGCCAGAUUCUAGUUCAAUAAAUGUUAACGAAAUCAACGAAGAAUUAGAACAAAUAACUCUAUGA